CUCUCUCUCUCUCUCUCUCACACACACACACACACACACAUACAGAAAGAGAGAGAGAGCGUGACGGAACAGUCCACUUUCUCAGGCGGGGAAGGCUGUAACAUCUGGAGAGCACCGCUGUCCGGGCCAGACCGCUUGUAGUUUGUACACUGCGGACACACUGUAGCGAGUUGCAGCAGCAUGUAGGAAAGAUCAAAGCGAAAACGCUGCUGUCAUUCCGUUCGAAAACUCGAGCGUUCUGCCGGCGAGACCAUUCUGUCUUUUCUAUUUAUAGCCUUGGCGGUUGCGAUGUGAAGAUUUGUUGCAGAGUAAUUUGACGAGAGCGGAAGAAGCAGAAGAACGAGAAGAAGAAGAAGAAGAAGAAACAGACAGCCCUGUGUGCUCUUAACGGUGAAGGGGAACCUGUUGAAUAAACAACCUCUACACUAAGAUUAAGGGCAUGUGGGCAAGGGAUUGGGACACAGCCCUUCUCAACCAGGCAGCUGGAAGAUCUCUGGUCUAGCUGUUGCUAUGGCAACGAGUGCUGUGCCUAGCGACAACCUCCCCACCUAUAAGCUGGUGGUGGUGGGUGACGGUGGUGUGGGAAAGAGCGCCCUCACCAUCCAGUUCUUCCAGAAAAUCUUUGUGCCAGACUACGACCCGACCAUUGAGGACUCCUACCUGAAGCACACCGAGAUUGAUGGCCAGUGGGCAAUUCUGGAUGUUCUGGACACAGCAGGGCAGGAGGAGUUUAGUGCCAUGCGUGAGCAGUAUAUGAGGACUGGAGACGGCUUCCUCAUUGUGUUUUCCGUCACAGACAAAGCCAGCUUCGAGCACGUCGACCGAUUUCACCAGCUCAUCCUCAGGGUGAAGGAUCGAGAGUCCUUUCCCAUGGUCCUUGUAGCUAAUAAAGUGGACUUGGUUCAUUUAAGGAAGGUGACGAAUGAACAGGGCUGUGAGAUGGCUGCCAAACACAAUAUCACUUACAUUGAGACCAGCGCUAAGGAUCCGCCAAUGAAUGUGGACAAAGCCUUUCACGAGCUGGUCAGAGUAAUCAGACAACAAGUACCAGAGAGGAAUCUGAAGAAAAAGAAGAAGAUGAAAUGGCGAGGAGACAGAGCUGCCGCUUCUCCCAAACUCCGCUGCACUAUAUUGUGAUCUCCUCUAUACAGAACAGUUUCUCGUAGAGCUGUGAUUGGCAGGGAAGCAUGGAAUAUAAAACAGCCAUGCCAAGGAGAAGCUGACAAGACGUCUUAAAAGGUUAACAAAGAUGCAGCUGUUUUGCACACGUGCAGAGACGAGCAGUGAAGAGCUUAGUGGCGCACAGCUAUUGAGUCCUUUUCUUCACUUGAUUGUGACAUGCGGAAAAGGGUGUUGGCUGCCUUCCAAGUGCUCAGUGGGAGUGGACAGUAUUUUGCCUUAUCGCUUUGCGUCUCUGUACUGAUAUGAAGUGUUAAGUUGUAGCUUGGCCAAAGAAAAGCCAGUCAUUAGCACUGAAGAUUGCUAAUGCUGUAUUGGGAAUUUGGGAUACCUCCUAAAACAUGGCCUUUACUGUUAAGCACAAAUGUACAGGUUGUGACUGAAAGGGACCUUUUUUGCACUUUGAUAUUUGAUAUUGCACAAAUAUCAUAUCAUGUGGUCUGGUCUGGAUAGAAUUUCUGCCUUUGCUGAAGACUUGGGUUGUAAAUGGCUAAAAGAAUGGAUUAUAUUGCACUUGUGUAGGCUGCUCAUUCUGUUGUUGUUGCUGCUUUAUUUUUGCAUCAAGGAUGCAUUUCCUUUUAUCGCAUCUGCUUUUAGCCUCACUAACAACUGUCAAAUUUUGCACCUAAACAAUGGUGGAAAUUCUGUCGUUUUCUAUGUUUAUUAUCCAACCAGCUUAUAUGUUUUAUUUUAUUUUUUUUCUUGAAAAAUGACCUCUUACCUUAGUGGGAUAAAUUUACUUUAGACCAAAUUAGUCCAGAGCACGAAGGAUGUAUCCCUCCAGCUUAACUGAGAGAUUAAUGUUCUGUACCAAUGACUUUGAAGGAUGUCCAUUCAAAUCCUGCAACUGCCAUAGAGCAACUGGAUUUUUAAAUGUUUUUAUUUAUUUUUAUGAUUAUUUUUCUUUUUUGCUCUACGGAAGCCACUCAUCAAAAGUGCUGUAAUAUGCUGCUGUAAUAUUCCCACACUACUUCUGAAUUGGUGAACAAAUAGGAGAAUUACGCUCAAGACAAAUCACCUCCACUAUAGGUACCAUAUAAGUCUGAAAAGUGAAAAUAUAUGGGAUAUUACAUUGAAGAUUUGUUGAAUUUCCGCAUUGUUAUUAGUCUUCUCGUGGCUAAAAGGAGCAACAUACAAUUGAGCUUAUCCAGGUCUGAGUGAUGAGAUCUCAGAAGGGAACCUCCCCAAGGACUUAGGCUUAGCAUGCUCAGCACUAUCAGAAGCUUCGGCAGCAGUGUUUAGAAAAUAUUACCACCUUUCAAGGGGUUUCUGAGAUUCUUUGUUAAUUAAGAGUCUCUAAAAAAAGGGUAUACUUGGAACUCUGUUUACUCAACAGAGCUUCAAUAAAGAAUUAAUCCUUAAGGGCUUUCCCAAAAGGACAAACCUGAGAAGAUUUAGAAGUUCCAGAUUGAACCAAGUUUUAAAGAGUCUUGUCUUUAAUGUGUGGUGUGAGGAACCGAUCCCUGAAGGGACCCAAAUUGUGUUUACAUGUAGUGUUUAUAAUGGGAUAGUGAAGUGAAGAUAAAUAUCACAGGUUAAUGUGUGAUGUAAUUCCAUAUUUGUGGGCACACACACCUUGUACAUUUUCAUCAUCGUGAAUAUGUGAAGUUGAAAUUGUGACAUUACUUGUAGUGUUAAAAGAACCGAGAAUCUUCAGGUGUUGAAAGAAAUUUGAUUGCUCCCAGCUUUCGUGUAGUCAUUUAAUUUUGAACCAUUCAUCACAUAUCACAUGUUUCUGUCAUUAUUCCAUAACUAAGGCAAUAUAAAUGAAGAACCUCCUUUUUUAAAGGGGGAACUGUCCUAAUUACUCUGUGUAAUGGGAUUUAUUACAUGUAGUAAAUGACAGAUUUUUUUCUGCACAUUUUUUUCUGGUCAUCUCCACAUUUUCCAAUAAACUCUGGGGUCCCUUUUUAAAUGUGUCUUUCAUCACCUUUUACAGUAUUAAAAUAAUAGUGUGACAUAAUAGUCACCAUACACAACUUUGCCAAAAGAAAUUCUGAGACGGUGCUAUUGUGCAUUGUUUGUUACAUGUUAAAUAUGUACGCAAUGUUUUAAGCAAUUAUGUUUUGGUACAUCUGUAUUGAGGGUGUAUUAAUUUCUAUCAAUUUUAUUUUCCCAUUCUUUUUUAUUUAUUUCACUUUCUGUUAUUCCUAAUAAAAACUCC